GCUCCACAUUUUGUCCACGUAUCCCAUUGACGUAGUGUAUUUAGCCAGAUAAGGAUGGCACAUCCCUAAGCAUCUCAAGAGUGGAUGGCGACCAGGAACAUGAGCAGUUUGGCGACUCUGCCGGCGGUUCGAACGGUAGGCCCCCAAAGAAGCAGCGUAUUGCUCCCCCCAGCGACAAACUCUCGAGAACUGGAAGGCCUUCCGUGAGAUUUGAGAAACGGUGAGUGGUUCAUCCGUCGAGAGGGGGAAGCACGACUAAGCGGAUCGCUACAUAGUGCAUCAAACGGCAAAGUCUAUAUGACGAACAAACCUCAUUCUCCCGUCAAAUUGCUUCCCGACCCUCAUGACCCCGCCAAGAAAGCAGUGGAGAUUCAAGCAACACCUUACUCAGGUCUCAUAGACGCAUCUGGUGACGUUGGAUCAGUGGCUCAGAAACAGCUAGAUCUCCUGAUGGCCGAAAAUGAUAAGCUGAGGACUACUAAUAAUGAAUUGGAGAAAGACAAAGAAAUAAUGGAGAACCAGCUAUACGACUUUGGAAAACGCAACGAGGACUUGAUGACUGUGAACCAGUACCUGCGCGCACAGUACAGCAAGGCUCGCGACAACCUUUACGCUCUUCGACAAGAAUUCGUCAAUCCUUCUUCCGCAUCCGCUCCUCCAGUUGGCAGGCACCAGGAAGCAAUGCAUCGUCAAGAUCCUCUUACUUACACUGUGUCCUACGCAGGAGCACCUCCCACUGAGCCACGUUUCCCCGCACGGCUUAUGGACUAUCCCCCCGUUCAAGACAUGCCGCUCCUCGAGCUGGAGAAGGGAGGGCCGCGUAAGAACACAAGGCAGCAACCCCGUGCCCCAUCUGAUGAAGAGAAUUAUUCGCCUGUGAUGCCCGUCGCCAAGCCUACCCAAGCUCAAGGCCAACUUGGCGCUUCUGUUGACGAAGGCAAUCUGUCCUCACCUCUGGGAACCGAAAUUUCGUUGACAAUCUCCGACGGCAUGGAGUACUAAGCUUCUAUAUUAAGCUUCCAUCUCGCCUUUAAUGACUAGAGCUGAUUGAUAAUUGCCUCAACCGACCACUUUACUACACAUAUCCCAAGCAUAAUUACUCCUGUAUACCACCCCGUCGCCAAUUUACUUACACAUCCCUGGUAGUCUGUAAAGCCGUACAAAGAUAGUCGAGAGCAAAAUUCGAUCAUUUGACCAAAGCUAUGGCGGGUGUCCAAACAUAAACCGUGAAAGUGGAUAUUAGG